AUGGAGAUAGCCUUGGUGACUUUGGAGAACGGAGGCGCGAAUGGAAGCGCGGGAGAAAGCGCGGAAAUCUGCCGUGGCGCACCGAGGGGAAGCCAGGAGAAGCGCGUAAAAGAGCUGAACACCGAGCCGUGGAGGAUGAACGACAUGAGUGAUACGUUCAGCUGCGCGGAUAGGAUGCCUCAUAUGUUUGAUGAGGACCUGUCAGACGUGGUGGACUUGGUGGAAAACAUGGAGCAUGAUGGGAGCAACGAGAGGGUGCUUAUCAAUAUUGCUGGAUUAAGGUAUGAGACCCAGUUGGGGACACUUAACCAAUUUCCGGAUACUUUACUUGGAGAUCCGGAUAAGCGCAUCAAGUAUUUCGACCCGCUCCGGAAUGAAUACUUUUUUGACCGGAACCGCCCGAGCUUUGAUGGCAUUUUGUACUUCUACCAAUCAGGUGGAAAGAUCAGACGUCCAGUGAACGUCUCCAUCGACGUCUUCGCUGAUGAGAUCCGGUUUUACCAGCUCGGUGAAGAAGCCAUGGAGCGUUUCCGUGAAGAUGAGGGCUUCAUUAAGGAAGAAGAGAAACCUUUACCACAGAACGAGUUUCAGAAGCAAGUCUGGCUCAUAUUUGAGUACCCUGAAAGUUCAAAUCCAGCUCGAGGCAUCGCCAUAGUUUCUGUAAUCGUCAUCACUAUAUCGAUAAUCACCUUCUGCCUGGAGACGUUACCAGAGUUUAGGGACGAAAGGGAACUCCAGGCGGCAACCAGAACAAGCCUCAAUGCCACCUUACAUUCUCGGCCGUCGCUCACUUUCUCAGAUCCUUUCUUCAUUAUCGAGACCACUUGUGUCAUCUGGUUCACCUUUGAACUCAUUGUGAGGUUCUUCGCCUGCCCCAGCAAGUCUGAAUUCUCCAAAACAGUCAUGAACAUCAUUGAUAUCAUGUCCAUUAUGCCUUAUUUUAUCACGCUGGGGACAGAACUGGUGGAGCAACAGCAUGGACAGGAACACGACAAUGGGCCACAACAGCAGCAAGCGAUGUCGCUGGCCAUCUUAAGAGUCAUAAGACUAGUCAGGGUGUUCCGCAUCUUCAAACUCUCUCGGCACUCAAAAGGCCUUCAGAUUUUGGGUCAAACUUUAAAAGCUAGCAUGAGAGAACUUGGCCUGCUAAUUUUCUUUCUUUUUAUUGGAGUAAUCCUCUUCUCCAGUGCGGUCUUCUUCGCUGAGGCAGAUGAACCAGAGUCCCAUUUCUCCAGCAUCCCUGACGCCUUCUGGUGGGCCGUUGUUACAAUGACCACCGUCGGCUACGGAGACAUGAGGCCUAUAACAGUCGGGGGUAAGAUUGUGGGUUCGUUAUGUGCCAUCGCUGGUGUCCUGACUAUCGCGCUGCCUGUUCCAGUGAUCGUAUCCAACUUUAACUACUUCUACCAUCGAGAGACAGACCAGGACCAGGCCUCGCUCAAGGAUGAGCCCAACAGCGAUGUCCAAGGCUGCAGCAGGUCAUCUCUUAAACCGUCAGAAGAUGUGGAAGGUCAGGAAACACCCAUUGGAAAGGCUAACAUCAAAGCGAACAGCAAUACAGACAUCAAACAAUCCAUUUAUGCUUUUUGUUUGGACACAAGGGAAACAGACCUGUAG